AGCUAUGGCAAGUAUGCAUGAGACGUCGACUUCGCUCUUGGAAAGUAAUACUACCGCCGAACCAUCGACUUCAAGCCCGCCUCUGUACUCCCACCAAGCCCGUAUUGGCUUCGGCUGUUGCUGGAUCAUUGUUGCCAUCCUCGGACUGGUGGGGAACAGCCUCGUGAUCUUGUCGGUCAUCCUGUCCAAGAAGCUCCGUACCGUGACCAACGCCUUCGUGGUCAACCUCAGCGUGGCCGAUUUCUGGACAAGUUUGUCUUACCCGUGGCAAGCUGUGGCCAUUCUCAGCCCCGGUGAAUGGCCGCUAGCCACCGAGGUUCCGUGCUACAUCGCCGCUGUGCAGUUUUACACCGGUCUUGGGGCAAGCCUUUACUCACUGGCGGCCAUAGCGUUUAAUCGCUUCAUGCUAGUCACCAAGACCACUGAAACGUACAGCCGUCAGUACUCCCCGGGGAAAGUCUCCGUCAUUAUUGCCACAACCUGGGUCAUUCCAACAGUUGUCUUCUUUUUGCCGCCAAUUCUCGGUAUUGGUGCAUUUGGCUACGACCCUCAAGACAAUACAUGCUCCGAUAAGGAUGGACAUCCCCGUGGCUCAGAAUACAACCUGGCUCAAUCUCUUGGUCUGUACCCAAUCCCCAUGCUUAUCAUCGUCAGUUCCUACUUAGCACUGUACAUCCAUCUCAAACGUCACUUCAGAAAGCAAAAGAGGAGACAUAUGCUGCAGGAAAGCCCACCUUUGCAAAGCGAUGAUUCGGUAGUUGCAGAGUCGACUGUCAGUGCUAUCGUUGUGACCGCGUCGCACAAAAACGAAAUGGUCAGAAACCAACGCCAAGCAAUCAACCGUCAGCAGCUUGCAGUCACCAAGAACCUCUUCAUGGUUUUCUGCAUCUUCUUCCUGUUGAUGUCCCCUUAUUUCAUCUCACUGGCCGUACCGUCCAGUGGCGGGUUCGCUCUAUAUGGAGCAACCUUCAGCAUCCUGAAUAGUUGCGUGAACCCCAUAAUCUACACGGCCAACCAUCCUCACUUCAAGGGGGUGCUUCGGAUCAUUCUUCGUUGCCGCUUCUCGCGGAUACCCGAGCCCUCCGACUGGCUGAAAUCUGUCUUGUCUCGAAGGCAAUAAGGACAGGGAUUUCCCAGAUAGUAGGAAGUGAAUAUUUUCAUGAUGAAAUAGACUGUUUGGAGUGUUUCUUGUUUCUUUCAUUUUAAAAAUUAACUCAUAACUUCCAAUUCACGCUCAAUUUAAAUCCAAACUGACUGAAAACCAAGAUAUACUUAAAACAUAAAUGUACUUGCAAAGUAAAAUUGCAUUGUAGAGGACCGAUAAUGCCAUGGGUUGCAAUGCCUACACCUCACCCACCUGUUGGUAGAAGUUGACACCGUGUAGCACUCUUUUGCCUACCAAAAUAGUAAGUUGGGCUUCAAACCUUAAAAAAAAGAAAAUUAAAAACAAUAGUGCAGUUAUGUUUCCUUAGCAAUACGUGUCUUCGCACCUUUCCUAAUCAAAACGUCGACGUUAAAGUCAGUUUGAACUUGAGAAGGAAUAGGCCUACCUUUUCCCUUACUUACAUGUCACGGAUACCAGAAAUUCAAACUUUACGAACAUUCAGGGUUCGCAUGUUGUUAACACAGGACUUACAGUGACACAUCCUGGUUUUGAUUCGGGAGAGGAGGUGAAUGAGAGUUGUAUUGUACAAGUAUCUAAUUCAUCCCCCCCAAAAGUUGACAAUAAUACCGUCUGGUGUGCUUUCAAAAUGGCAGCAUGUCCUGGGGUACCCCUUGCCCUUUUGCUACUGAAGACUAAACCCAGUCAUUCUUGACUCGCAAGUCUGACAGCACAUUCCUGUCAGUUCCGUGUAGACCGGCUCCCGGUCAGUCCAGUGUCCUUCGUGACUUUGAAUGCCUUGGCAAGUCGCUGCUGGUGAUGAAUCGGGGAGGGAUUUGCCUGCUGCGGAACAUUCAAGUGAAGACCAUUUAUCAAGUUUAUCACUUGUCUUUUUCCCCGGUAACCUGUGCACAGAUUUUAAAAGGGUAAAGGUAAACUCGGCCAUUGUUGAUAAACAUUGUCGUCGCUCGACCUUGUUCCACGUUACGCAAGUUUGCAAUUUCUGAGCAGGCAAAGAUCCAGAGGUGGGGGAGAGGUUGAGGGUCAGCCUCGUCCCCGGUCUGACACCCUCUCCCCGGAAAAAGAGAUAGAGAGAAAAAAAGGAAAUAACAGAUAUAGUAAUGAUAAAAAGAUAACAUCCUUCGGUGUGUAUAAAGAUAAGAACACCAGUAACAGUGUAAUACCUAACUUGUGUGCCCACCUGUCCACAACGAUCAGUCAUUAAAAAAACUUACAUGUUUGACUGCCUCUGCCGGGCAAUCAAUUAUUGUACCAACUUGAUAUUUCGUAUGUUUCUCUUUAAGAGCGAUCAAUAACAAAAACGUUGGUCAUGCAUUUGGUAGGCCCACACUAACAACAGAACUAUUUCUGAUUUCAAUUUAGUUGCUGAAGACAUGAUCAAUAAUAGCCAUGAGAAAAUAUUUACAAUACGGUGAUUCUGGUGUAACGUAUAACUGUCAUCUUGUAAAUUUCGUAGAGACCGUAUUUACC